AUGUUGUUCCUUCAAUGCAUCGUCGCUUACUUUCUGUGCUUAAUUUCUUUCGUCUCAGCAGCAGACAGCAAUGCGUGGAAGUCCCGCAGCAUCUACUUUGUUCUCACCGACCGCAUAGCUCGUAGCAGCAGUGAUACUGGCGGAAGUGCAUGCGGAAACCUUGGGAACUACUGCGGUGGUACAUUCAAAGGUCUUGAAUCGAAGCUUGACUACAUUCAGAACUUGGGAUUUGACUCGAUCUGGAUCACACCUGUCGUUGCCAACUCAGCAGGUGGUUACCAUGGCUAUUGGGCCCAGGACUUGUACUCGAUCAACUCGAACUAUGGCACUGCUGCUGAUUUGAAGAGCCUUGUCUCUACUGCGCACUCAAAGGGCAUGUAUGUGAUGGUCGAUGUAGUAGCAAAUCACAUGGGCCAAGGAGCCAUCUCCGACAACAAACCCUCACCUCUCAACCAAGCUUCGGCAUACCACUCUGAUUGCGAUAUCGACUACAACAACCAGACCUCGAUUGAAGUUUGCCGUAUUGCCAGACUUCCAGAUCUCAACACCCAAUCGAGCGAGAUCAAGAAUGUUUUGAACACCUGGGUUAACUGGCUAGUCAAGGAGUACACUUUUGACGGUGUCCGCAUUGACACCGUCAAACACGUCCAACAAGACUUUUGGCCUGACUUUGCUAAAGCCGCUGGAGUCUACAGCAUCGGUGAAGUCUGGGACGGUAACCCGACCUACUUGGCUCAGUAUGCGAAGCUUAUGCCCGGCCUGCUCAACUAUGCGACCUACUAUCCGAUGAACCGCUUUUAUCAGCAGACAGGAAGUUCACAAGACUUGGUGGACAUGAUGAACACGGUCGCUAGCACCUUCCCCGAUCCAUCCGCUCUUGGCACGUUUAUCGACAACCACGACAACGCAAGAUGGCUAAGUGUCAAGAAUGACCAGACUCUGCUUAAGAACGCUUUGGCCUUCGUUAUUCUAUCUCGAGGUAUCCCCAUUCUAUACUACGGGACUGAGCAAGCUUACGCUGGCGGCAAUGACCCAGCCAAUCGCGAAGACCUCUGGCGCAGUGGCUUCAACACAAACACAAACAUGUACCAAGCCAUCAAGAAGCUAACUGCGGCUCGCAAAGCUGCUGGAGGACUUGGAGGAAAUGAUCACGUCCAUAUCUACGUCGCCAGCACCGCAUACGCAUGGUCUCGCGCUGGUGGUAACCUCAUUGUCCUCACCACCAACUCUGGCAGCAGCUCCAACGCUCAACAUUGUUUCAACGCUCAGAAAGCUAACGGACGCUGGACCGACGUCUUCAGCGGCAGCAGCAACGUCAUCAGCUCCGACGGCAAUGGCCAAGUCUGCGUUACCGUUAGCCAGGGAAACCCCAUCGUCCUUCUCGCUACCAGCGCCGGCAGCACACCCACCACUCUGCGCACCUCUGCCGCCCCAGCUCCUACAGGAUCAUGCCCGACCACCGUCUCAGUCACUUUCACCGAGCGCGUCGUCACCCAGCCCGGCGACACCAUCAAAAUUGUCGGCAACACUGCACAGUUGGGCAACUGGAACCCGAGUAAUGCGCCCGCCAUGUCCGCCUCGUCGUACACUUCGAGCAAUCCUGUGUGGACAAUUAAUCUAAGCAUGGCAGCGGGAUCGGCAGUGCAGUACAAGUACGUCAAAGUAUCGAGCACCGGUACGGCGACAUGGGAGAGCGAUCCAAACAGGGCGUAUAGUGUGCCGAGUUGUCAGGCGAGUGCAAGUGUGAGCAACACUUGGCAAUGA